AUGUCAAAAUUUAGAAGACAAGGAAGUGUUGAUUCUAAUUUUAGUCAUCAUGAAAAUGAAUUUGAUUUAGAAUUAAAAAAUAGAGAGACAAUAAAAAAAAGUGUUGAAGAACAAGCAGCAAAUCAAUUAGAAAAUGCUAAAUAUAAUCCUGUUCUAUUUGCUGUUUGUACAAAUGUAGAAUUUGAUGGUUCUAUUGAUGAUGAUUCUCCAGUACAUGGAUGUGCUGUAUCUUUUAAACCAAAAGAUUUUUUACAUAUCAAAGAAAAAUAUAAUAAUGAUUGGUGGAUUGGACGAUUAGUUAAAGAAGGUCAUGAACUUGGUUUUAUACCAACACCAUUAAAAUUAGAAAAUAUUAGACAACAAACUUCAAAAACGGGUACAAAAGGUUUUAGAAAUUCAACAUCUACCUCUAAUUUAGGAACUAUGGAUCCUAUGUUACAAAAAACAGCAUCAAGAGGGUCUACACCACCAACACCUGAUGGAGAGGAUGAAUAUGGACCUAAAAAAAUUGCUUCUAUUGUUACAACCCCUCCUGUUGCUAAAGAAAAGAAAAAAUUAAUGUUUAAAAAACAAGAAAAUGUACCCCCAUAUGAUGUUGUACCAACUAUGAGACCUGUAGUUUUAGUAGGUCCUUCAUUAAAAGGUUACGAAGUUACAGAUAUGAUGCAAAAAGCUGUUUUUGAUUAUCUUAAACAUCGUUUUGAAGGAAGAAUUAUAAUAACAAGAGUCACAAGUGAUAUUUCAUUAGCUAAACGUUCUCUAUUAAAUAAUCCUACAAAAAGAGCUAUCAUGGAACGAGCCAAUUCACGUAGUAGUAAUUCAUUAGCUGAAAUUCAAGCUGAAAUUGAAAGAAUUUUUGAAUUAGCAAGAUCAAUGCAAUUAGUUGUGUUAGAUUGUGAUACCAUAAAUCAUCCAACACAAUUAUCAAAAACAUCAUUAUCUCCAAUACAUGUUUAUAUAAAAAUAUCAUCACCUAAAGUACUACAACGUUUAAUAAAAUCACGAGGAAAAAGUCAAUCAAGAAAUAUGAAUGUUCAAAUGGUUGCGGCUGAAAAACUUGCACAAUGCCCAACAGAAUCAUUUGAUGUUGUUUUAGAUGAAAAUCAAUUAGAAGAUGCUUGUGAACAUUUAGCAGAUUUUUUAGAAGCAUAUUGGAGAGAUACUCAUCCACCAGUAAAAUCACCACCAAGAAUAAAAAGAGGACCAAUGGCAAAUCGUGGACCAUCUACAUUAUAUACACCAGCACAAAUGCUUCAAGGAAUAUCUCAUAUGACAUCAUCUACACCUGGUUCUAAUAACAGAAAUUUAAAUAAUAAUACUGUUUUAGGUAUUAAUAAUUCAAAUAAUAACAAUAAUAAUACAACAGUUAUGCCUAAUAGAAUUCCACAAAUACCAAUACAAAAUACUUCAUUAUUAGGAAUAAAUAAUCAACCCCCAUCACAAAUGUAUAAUCAAAAUGUAAACAUUAGCAAUGGUGCAAAUUAUAAUAUUCCUUUAAAUAAUUCUACCAAACAAAUGUCAUUUGGAAAUCAUAAUCAAAAUAGUAUGUCAAUAGAAAUGAAUCAAAAUCCAUAUGAUGAUUUUGAUCAUGAUUCUUAUGAAGAUAAUAUGUCGGGUAUACAAAGAAGAAAUGUUCCAUCAAGUAUUGGAGGUAAUCAACAAAUGGGAGUGCCAACAGGAAAUAUGAUGCCAAGGACAAUGCCAAAUACACCUGAAAAAAUAAUUGGCAUAGUUGUAGAACCACUAACUUAUUAG